AUGUCACUUCCACCGCUUUUCGACAAUCGCUUUCCCUGUUAUUACAAGGAAAAGUACAGCUGCGUCAACAUACUCUGGUACCAAGCUGACUUUACCCAAAGCAAAUAUCCUCCGGGUCAAGAAAUCAGCGAAGCUUGCACAUUAAUUUGUUUGCUGGUAGCUUAUCGAAUAAGUCAACUGGACUUGCUGAUUGGAGAUAUUGAUGGUUGCCAGCAAUUCAACAUUGUAAUUGCCAAGUCGAUAAUCGAGGGAAACAGAAUACACAUGUGUAUCGUUGACAAAAAAUUGGUGCAGAAUCCGUAUUUGAAUGUCGAGGAGGCACUUCAAUUUGGAGGCUCGAAGUUGAGUGCAAUCAAAGAAUGGAAAUUUCAAGUAUUUCACGAAGAUUUGGAGUGCAGUUUAUUUAAAAAUAUAAGGAGUUUUCUGUGUGAAUGGUACAAAAGUCCGAAAUCAUCAAAUUUAUUCGUACUACUGAUUACUUGCGGUAGAACGAUACUAUUUAUAUUCCAACAGAAAACUAAAAAGGCUAUUAUAUUCGACUCUCAUGGUCACAACACAAAAAACACUAAUAGGGGCCUUGUUGUAGCUCAAGCUCCAAUUUCAAGUUUAGAAGAAUUAUGUAACUGGUACAUCAAAGACGUGAUACAAAAUUGUUAUCAGGUGAGUCCCAAUCAGUACGAGCUAACUUGUUUGUAUCAUCAGCCUGAACACAAGUCUGACAGUUGUAACAGAUGCCAGUGUGGAAUGUCUAACAAAAAAUAA